AAUGACGUUUUAAAUUUGUCAGGGUUAUCCAUAACUUAACCUAUUAAAUUUUAUUUUUAAGUUUAUAAAAAGAUGUAAUUUUUAUUGAAUUUAAAUGGUCAGUAUGUAAUAAUUUAAUAUUUUUAUGGUAGUGCACAGUUUUACCUCGCCUAUCAAUUUCCCUUCUCAUUACCCCAAAAAUGUUUAUUUGCUGGGAUGUUAUUUAGAUUCAGGCACAAUCAGUCCAACCAAAUAGUAUUAUUAUGCAUUUUGGUACUAGCAGGAGGUCUAAUCUUUGGGUUAAAGCUGCUUUACCUACGACACCAAAAGAAUGUGAGGUUACAUGAUUAUGGCAAGCAAAUUCAGAAUGUAAUGGAAAAUACCAAUUCCGUAGAAGAAACGGCAAAGCAGACAUCCUUGCUAAUAAAUAAACUUCAAGAUAUAGUUCAACUUCAAAAUAAAGCUAAACACAAUAAACGAAGAAUAUUGCCAAAGUAGUCACAAUGUUACCAUAUAAAUCGUAUAUAUUUUAUUUAUAGUAAAUGUAAUAUAUUUAUGAAAUGCUUCGAUUUUUGAAAAAAUCAUAAUUAUUUGAA